AGAAAUCCACAAGUCACAUCCAACCACCACCGCAUCCUCCACCGGGCGCAAGCCCCAAUCCAUUCAAGAUGACUUCCACGCCCUCAUCUCCGUCCCCCUACGCGCCUCCCGCCUCUCCCGCCAUCCCCGUGCUGCCGACCUCCCUGGCCCAAACAUACGUCUUUAUCCACCCAUGUCUUCUCCUCGGCCUUCUCGCGCUGCGCUUCCAGUCCUUGACGGCGGAUCCCGUCGCCGAGCUGCUGAGCGAUCUUCCGCUGCUGGCCUUGCUGCAGGUCAUCUUCGUCAUGAUCUGUCUCCCUCCCGCGGGAUCCGUCCUGUCGUCCAAGCCUGAGACCGCGGACCCCGACGACAAGAAGGAGAAAGCCCCUGCGUCGCCGUCCGCCGGACCGGCAGGAAGCGUGGUCCUCAAGCCCGGCAAGGUGGGCUACCGACGCCGGGGUCCGAAGACUGAUUCUGCGUCCGCGAGCUUUGUCGCGAAGUUGAUUCCCGCUCUCCUCUCCCUCAUCCUCACCUUCCUUCUCGCGACCCCCGUCUUCGCCGCCCUGCUCGUCCUCUUCGGCGCCCCCGUCACAACCCACCACUGGCAGACCCUGCUGUGCGCCGCGCACAUGGCCCUUCUGACCUCCACCGGCCUGAUCUACGUGCACGGCGUCGACGGCGCCGUGUGGAAGGAGGUCUGGGGCGCCGCGAGACCGUUAGAUGUGGUGUGGGGUGGUGCGUUGGGAACGGGUCUGGGCGCGUGGUUCGGGGCGGUCCCGAUUCCGCUGGAUUGGGACCGUCCGUGGCAGGCAUAUCCGAUUACGAUCCUGGUGGGUGCGUAUGUCGGGUACGCGCUUGGAGUGGGACUCGGACGGACGGUGCUGUUCGGGAAGAGGAUUGAUUUUGAAGAGGAGGGGGAUGCGAAGAAGGUUGAUUGAUUGGUUGUUGGUCUGGUUAAUUAAGGGGAUUUACGGAGGAGGGAUCUACUCUGGAGGUUAGCGUUGGGUGGGCUUUAUUGUGUUCUUUCUAUUUCUAUGAUGGUAUUAUUAUUAGGAAUGUUUAUUGCAUGGAUGGAUGCUUGCAUGGUUGUGGGUAGGUAAUGUACAGAUAUCUAGGUUGAGCUACAGUGGAAAUAAUUAAUGGAUUGCUCGGA